AUGGAAGAAUCAAAAGUGGACGUGCCGGAGUGGUUAUCGGGCAUGACUAGAAAUCAUGUGGGCUUUGCCCGCGCAGAUCAAAUCAAAAUAGAUAAAUUACAAGACGACUACGAGGAAAGUCCCUGGACUGAAAAAUGUAAAGACGCCUUUGAGAGUAUCGCAAACACACAAGCCGAAGAGUCAAGAAAAUGCAAAGACGAAGCCACGAUGGUUGAAGAAGUUGUUGAACGUGUUUCAGACACGUUGUUUUCUAUGUUGCCAUUGGACCUCGGGGAUAUUGAUGGUAUGGAAGCUCACAUGGAGCAAAUCGAACAUGACUUGGACAUGUCCUUUAAGACCAAUGAGGUUCGUAUGGUAGGAAUCUGGGGCAUGGCAGGCGUUGGCAAAACAGCCAUAGCCAAGAAUAUUUUUGAAAAACAUAAACACGGUUUCAAGGGUCGUUAUUGUUUCGUGGCAAAUGUGAAAGAACGGGGUAUCUUAGACCUACAGAAACAGCUUCUUUUCGAAAUCCUUCGGAAAAAAGAAAUCAAGUCAUUGAACGCUGGCAAUGCGGCUUCUUAUAUCAAGUCAAGGCUCGCAAACCUAAAAUCUCUAAUUGUUAUUGACGAUGUGGAUGAUGUGAAACAAUUGGAUGCCUUGGCGAAAGAGGCUAGUUGGUUUGGAGCAGGGAGCCGAAUCAUCAUAACAACACGAGACAAGAGCUUGCUCAACUCCUCAUGUGCCGUGUACAAAAUUGAGUGCUUGAAGGAUGAUAAGGCUCUCCAGAUCUUUCAGAGGAUCGCUUUUAAAGGAGAAGAACCUCCUGAUAUGGGUUACAAAGAUCUUUCAAAACGUAUCUCUGAGCUUGCUCAAGGUCUUCCCAUCGCCCUUGAGGAUUUCGGCACUUAUCUCGCUAAGAAGAAGAAAAAAGAGGAGUGGCAACAUGCUUUGAAAUCAUUUGAGGAAGCUCCUCUCGAGAAAACCAUGACGGCCUUGAAAAGUAGCUAUGCUGGUUUAGAUGAGCUUGGUAGGGCAGAUUUUCUUCAUGUGGCAUGCCUUUUUAAUGGAGAACCUAUCCGGCGAGUCAAGAAACUUCUUGAACAAGGUGAAGUCGGGUUGAGAGUUUUAGAGGAAAAGUCUCUCAUAGAGGUCUCAGCUGAUAAGCGUAUAUCUAUGCACCGUUUGUUGGAGCAAAUGGGAAAAAAAAUUGUGCAUGACCAAAACCCUUGUCAGCAACGUAUCUUGUGGAACCAUAAGGACAUCCAUCUUGUACUUGAAAACAAAAUAGGUACGCAUUUAAUUGAAGGCGUGUUGCUAGAUGUUUCUGAAAUGACCGAUGAAGUUCACAUCAACUGGGAUGCUUACAAGCCGAUGUAUAAUCUCAGGUUUCUUAAAAUAUAUAACUCUAAGCAAUCAGGGGGUUUACAACCAUGGAGUGAAGGUAUGAUUCUCGAGAAAAAUUUGAGUUUACAUAAGCUUAGGUUACUACACUGGGAUGCAUAUCCUUUUACAACUUUGCCUACCAGUAUCAGUUCAGAUUGUCUUGUUGAACUAAAGCUGCGUUACAGCAAGCUCAAAACCCUUUGGAGUGGAACUCCGAAACUUUUGAAUCUGAUGAAACUAGAUUUGACUGGAUCUAAGGAUCUAACAGAAGUUCCAGAUCUUAAGGAAGCAAAGUCUCUCGAGGAGUUGAUACUGGAAGGUUGCAGUUCCUUGAAACGGAUUCCAAAGUCCAUAUGCGAACUAUCUAGUCUGCAGAAACUUGAUGUGUCCAACUGUGAUGGGCUGAAAGAGCUGAGGAUAAGGAUAUUGGAAUCCAAACGCAUUGGCUCUCAAGACACAAGCACGUGCCUUAGGUGCAUUAGAUCAGUCCGCAUGUUUUUUUCUGGCAUAGCUGCGGGAAAGACUCCAGGGUGCUCUCUUACAGACCCAUCAAUCAGAGGCAACUUAAAAAUCCGGUGGGAGGUUCUUGAAGGAAAUGCAGAGCAUCUAUCUUUUGUUUCUGAGAGCCACGUGUCUCAUGAACUGGAGUUGGAGUCACCUGUCCACGGUUUUAAAUCACUGGACAUCAUGCGGUUUAAGUGGAGCAGCGAGAAGGAUGAUUAUUCUAAGUGUAAUAGCUUUUCAGGGUUUCCAUGGUUACAGGAGUUGAAUCUGAUCAACUUAAACAUCCAGGAGAUCCCAAACGACAUUGACCAGAUGCAAGUCCUAGAGAAACUUGACCUCAGUGGGAAUAUGUUUAAGAGAUUACCUACAAAGAUGAGUCGUCUGACAAAGUUGAAACAUUUGACGCUUGCUAACUGCCGCAGCCUUGAAGAACUGCCAGGACUAUCUCAGGUGGAGAGUCUAACACUUUCUGACUGUACCAACCUCAGAACUCUGGUGAAGCAAGAUCAUGGACCAUACAGACUGCUUGAGCUUUGGCUUGACAACUGCAAGAAGAUUGAGUACUUACCAAAUGAGCUUAAGCAUCUCACCAACUUGACAUAUUUAGAUCUCAGCAGACACGAUUUCAAGACAAUAUCGUCAGAGAUGGUGGGCAACCUAACCUCCUUGGUAACUCUCAGCCUCAACCACUGCAACUACCUCAAAGAACUGAAAAUGAUUCCACUGAGUCUCAAGUACUUAUAUGCACAUGGCUGCAAGUCUCUAAGACCUAUCGUCUUUCUGCCCAAGCAGUAUGUUCAUUACCUGGAUAAAAGUCCUUGCCCUGAAUGGAAGGACUAUAGUACAUUCACUAGGUUUCCAACUGGAAGGCGCGGUAAAGAGGUACCAGUAUGUGCUUGUCCUCCCUUCCAGAAAACAACAACACUUAGUAAGGAUAAACCUGAAUCAAAGUCAUUGUUGUGGAACUUCUUCAUGUGCAUAUCGGCUGUGGUUUUCUAUAGUCUGCUUCUGUUGAUAACCGAUCCUGCCCCCGCAGCCCUACUACUAGGGAUGUAUUUUUUGUAUUUGAGUUCGUAAGAAACUACAUUAGAUAGGAGGUGUGUGAGUGUUUCAUUAACAUUUUAUGUUUCGUUUGUUGAACCAUAAGAGCUACUGGAUGAUUCAUUUCUUUGGUUUCUUAUACUUAUUGCUUGCAGGGGAAGAAAUUAAUC